AUGGUAGGCCAGCAGCUGCAGCUCAAAGGAUUGAUCAUCAUCACAGCUUGCAUUCAAGCUCUCUGUGCAUCAGACAUUUGCAGUGGUGAGGUGGCUCGACUGCGAGAACAGGAAAAGAAUCUGAGAGGCCAGCUUCAGACACAAGAGCUCCUCCUACAGAGAUUACAACUGCUGAACCAACCUGACACCAAAGACAGAGCCAUAUCUGACCAGAGCCAGGACACGCAGCACACAGACUGUUCCCAGCUCUUCAGUUCUGGUUCCAAGUCCAGCGGCAUUUACAGAAUCAAACCUCAUGGGAGCACGUCUCCCGUCAGAGUGCACUGUGAUAUGAGUGAUGGAGGUGGAUGGAUCGUUAUUCAGAGACGAAUCAAUGGAGCAGAGUGCUUUAACAGGUCAUGGGCAGAGUAUAAAGAAGGUUUUGGAGACAUGGAUACAGAACUGGGAGAGUUUUGGCUCGGAAAUGACAACUUGCAUUUCAUCACAACACAAGGGAAUUAUACUCUGAAGAUUAACAUGGAAGACUUUGACGGUAACCAGCGCUAUGCGGAGUACAAGGACUUCAAAGUGGCCAAUGAAAAGGAUCAUUACCGCCUUUACUUUGGGACUUAUGUAGGUACAGCAGGGGAUGCUCUGUCUGGAAGCUUUCAGGUUGGUGUGUCAGAGUGGGCCAGUCACCAGGGAAUUAAAUUCAGCACUUUUGACCAGGACAACGAUAACUACAAAGGAAACUGUGCCCAGGAGGACAAAGGAGGCUGGUGGUUCAAUAAGUGCCACUCUGCUCAUCUCAAUGGUAAUUACUACCAGAAUGGCUACUACAGUGGAAAGACAGAUGAUGGUGUGGUUUGGUACCCUUGGAGAGGAUGGUGGUACUCGCUGAAGACCACCAUCAUGAAACUACGUCCAACAAACUUCGAAAUGGAUCCCCUUGAUGACCCCAAUGCUGUUCAUCACAGAUAACUUUCCUAGAAUGGACAUUUGCCUAAGAUUUAGUCCUCUUAGCUUGAUAAUUGUCAAUCGGUGUGAAAUCAGAUUUGAAGUUUAAAAACACACUGAUACACAGAACUGGAGUUAUAUUUGUCUCAUAUACAAGCACAUUUGCACACCAAAUACUAAUAGAGCGGCACACUUAAGUUAAAACUUUAAAGACAAGUAGGUUAUUUAGCAUAGUUUCAAAGAGGUCUAGUUUAACUGACUGUCUGUUUUAGAAAAUGAGUGCAAGAGGAAGCAGCCUGCAUGCACAGAUGUCUAUUUUGGUGGAGAAAAGGAAAUCUGAUGUCAGUGGGUGUGCCAGGCACAGACAGAAGCAUUAGUAAGACAGCUGAAAAUGGCUGUAACAAAAACUGAAAGUUUUCUUCAAACAACUGGGUGUGAUAAAAGAAGCAUUUGAUGCAGUUAUACUGGGAGUUUGACCUAAUUUCAUAAAGAACAGCAGAAAUUGCCUACACUGUAUAUCACAAACA